AAACUUUAAAAAUAGAACUUAAGAUCCUUCGUCUUGGGAUUGUAAUCCUUCCCUGUGUCCACUAAAAUAUCUAUCAUUGCCUUUUCACGUUCUGGCUUCAUUUGUCCACGGGCGGGGAUGGAUCCUUUGUUUGUUAUUUUACAAGUUAGCCAUUUUGCCGCCACAUGGAUACACCCCCACAAAUUAUUAUUUUUUAGAGGGAGUGUGUGUGGAGCCGCGCCUCCCUAACUAACUUAUCCAGUGGGCCAGGCCAGUUCGGAGCAGUUCUUGGGUUAGUUAGCAGUCGGAACUGGAUUCGCAAGGUAGCCGGACGUAUUUCGGGAGCAAACUCCGCGCUUCUAGCACCUUGAAGAGCUCAUAAAUCAAGCGGAAAAUGGAUGACGAUACGGACAUCUUUGACGAAAUGUGGCUGGAAAGUGUGGUUAUUGCGGGGUUCCGAGUGUGGCACAUUAUUGCAGCCGUUCUCGGUGUUCUCCUUUUAAUUAUGAUUAUGGUGUGCUGCUGUAUUCGUUUCCGGAUUCCGCGCACCAAACAGGAAAUCGAAGCGGACUACCAGAGGAAACAGAUCACGAAGAAGUUCCGAGAGAAGCUGCAGCAGAUCAAGAACUCUGAAAUGGACGACAUGGACCUGCAGAAGGUUUGUGCCCGCAUCCAGAGCGAUUACUUGAAUUUCCAGGCCAGCGUGGAGAGCAUGAAUGAGAAGCAGAAUGUUAAGUUUAAGAUCUAAGUGCCUGUUAUAGUAUUUCCCAGCGGAGAUUGUAAUCAUAAGUAACCUAAUGCCUUAAUCUAUGCAAUUAAAAGUUAAUAAACUAGAAGAGAUACAAAUAUUCCUUGACUAAAGAGUAAAAGAUGUUUUUUAUAUAUUUUAUAUUGCAAUUUGAUUUUCUCGUUUUUAUUAAUUCCGAUUGAUGUAUCAAAGGUUUUGUUAAUAUUUGCAGUACUUUUUUAAAUGCGUUUUACUACACAUAUAGGCUAAUUGCGGGGAUGAACUCUCCAUUUCGACUAUAUAACAAGUUGGAGGCAUCCCUUAGUCGUGUUGCUCGCUUUGACAUGGUAGUUUUAGUUCUCAUGUUGCACUUAAAUUUAAGGUUUUAUUGGUUUAAAAUGCUGUUCUGCUGUGACGCUGACUCGGCGAAUGACUGUAACAAAUUGGCGGAGACCCGGACUUUCGAUGACCCGACACAAAACACACACAAUUCAUUUAUUAACGCGUAACUAUU